GAGGAGAUAACUAAUUUCGGAACUUUCUCAACCAAACGACCCCUACAAGUUCAUCAGUGUACUGAUGAGAAGUAGUUCACUCCAGUACACUAGCUCUUUUUUCUUCCACAGCGGUUAAUUUUUCCACAGCGGUUUCUUCUUUUAUAAUAAGUAGACCAUUUCCAUUUUGCAUUUCAACAACAAUGGCGAUCGCUUCGCCAUCGGCUCCAUCAUUCUCGGCUACUUCAAUUUGCUAUACUACUCGUACCGACUCAACUCCCUCUCGUUCUCUCCGGCUCACGCCGAUCCAUACUCGGCUUUACUCUCGGAGCCGGCUCACUUUAUCCUGCCAGCUAAACUCCUCCUCCUCCGCCUCCAACGGCUCCGACGAUUCCGACGGCGUCGACGGCGGCGAUGUUGAUUACGAGCUUCAACACGGCAGCGUUUCACCUCAACAUCACCGGAAAGGUUGGCCGGUGUUUAUUACACUUCCGAUUGAUGCGGUUAGUUUUCCAGAGGGAAGGAUGAAGAGGAAGAAAGCGAUGGUGCAGUCGUUUCGUGCGUUGGCGACGGGUGGUGUUGAAGGAGUUGUGAUGGAGGUUUGGUGGGGAUUAGUGGAGAAGGAGUCGCCUAGGGUUUAUAAUUGGCAAGCGUAUUUGGAGAUUGUUGCGUUGGCGAAACGGUUCGGUUUGAAAGUGAGAGCUGUUAUGGCGUUUCAUCAGUGUGGUACUGAUGCUGAUGAUCCUUACUGGAUUCCUCUUCCUCAGUGGGUUCGUGAAGAGAUCGAUAAAGAUCCUGAUUUAGCAUAUUCAGACAGGUUUGGAAGACGGAAUAUGGAAUAUAUAUCCCUAGGAUGUGAUGUUCUUCCUGUUCUGCACGGACGAUCUCCAAUCCAAGCAUAUACUGAAUUUAUGAGGAGCUUCCGCGAUACCUUCAGUCCAUUUUUUGGUGGCGUCAUAACUGGUAUCCAAGUUGGAAUGGGCCCUGCUGGUGAGUUGAGAUAUCCUUCAUACCCUUUACAGAAGCAGGCUUGGACUUGGCGCAAACCUGAACUUGGUGAAUUCCAAUGCUAUGAUAAGUACAUGCUUGCAUCUUUAAAUGCUUGUGCUGAGAAGGUGGGAAAGCGGGAGUGGGCCAAUCAUGGACCUACUGGUGCUGGUAAUCUAAUGCACGAUCCUGAAGGCACUGAGUUUUUCAGAAGUGACGGUUCUUGGAACACACCAUAUGGAGAGUUCUUCCUUGCAUGGUACUCAGGGAUGUUGCUGCUUCACUGUGAGAGAAUUUGUAGGGAAGCAGAGACCAUCUUCCGUGAUAUCGAAGUUAAUUUGUCAGGGAAAGUGGCUGGGAUUCACAGGCAUUAUUUUACACGGUCUCACCCAUCUGAGCUAACGGCUGGCUACUACAAUACAUCAAUUCGAGAUGGUUUUGUGCCAAUUGCUCGCGUGUUUGGCAGGUAUGGUUUCAGCAUGUGUUGUACAUGUUUCGAAAUGCAAGAUGCAGAAGAGAAGCGGAAGAAUCCUGUCAGUAGUCCCGAGGGUUUUGUAAGACAAGUUAUACUUGCCGCUAAGAUAUGUGAUAUUCCUGUGCAAGGUGAAAGCUCUUCAAGUAGCUUGGAUUACGAAUCGUUUCAACAGGUGUUAAAGAUGUCUAAAUUCUACUCGGAUGUUCUAGGAGGGGCAACAUUCUCAUUCAAUUUUGUCAGGAUGGACAGGAACAUGUUUGAUUUUCGUAAUUGGGACAGCUUUACUCGUUUUGUGAAACAAAUGUCAGAUGCCAAAAAUUUUCGAGCCGAACUAAGCUUCGGGGAAGAUGAUAUGCAGCUUUCGUCUUUAUCAGCACCUGCCACUGAUGGAGCGGUUCUUGCAUGCUAGGAAGAAAACAUCAAUGUGUAGACAUUCCUAAUGCUAAUUGCAUAUUCUCACUCUCGACAAGUCAAGCGUGUGUAUAUCUGUAGCAUCUUCUGACCUAUUAUUGUGAAUUGCGUAGCAAAAGCCUCUUCUUUUUCGCAUAAAUCUUUUGUCCUUGUACUGUAAUGGUUCGCUACCAGGUAGAAAAUGAGUACUUCCUUUGUAUCAUAACGGUGCCUGCCUUCCUAUUAUCUUGAGAAUGAAUGACCUGCCUUUCUAUUUCA